UCAGUUUCAAGUGUUCUCCCAGCGCCUGGAUGACUGAUACGAGGAAGAGACCACAUACAUUACCCUUUAUUCGACCUCAUCUGUCAAAGACAAUGGCACAUAAUGUAAUUACCGUUGGCAAAGAAGAUCUGCAGCUUCCAGUAUUCUUCUUCAGAGAGGAACUUCAGGUCCUUCUGUCGUUCUUUCAUGAGGUCCUGCUUGUCCAGCACCCACUGCAGACUGGGGAAGACGAAUACAGUGGAUUUGACUCACUUUACACAGUUAUUAGCAGUAAGACAUAGCACAACACGGCAGAAGUGACCACCAAUUAUGUUUGUUAAAAAUUAGGACUUCCGUCAUGUUUAUUUAACAUGACACUAACAUGUAGGGUUAAAAGUAGUCUCGUCUUUUAUAACCCAAACUAGUGUUUUAGCCAAACAGUAGUUUGGUUUUCGUAGUGACAGUUCGAGAGCGGUAGCUAGCUUCCGCAAUGCUAACGCUAGGCCGCGUAAAAAAAGACUGCAGUUCAGGCCCCGAAAACCUAUCACAUCGAGGUAUUUCACUUAAAACUUACUAGUGAGAACUUUGCCAGAAGUUUCCAGCCAUUCCAAACGAGACGAGGUAGUGGAGAACACUUUCAAUUGACGUUACUUUCGUUCAAAGAAGUGUUUACCGGAGAUGGCGGGGUAACGCAAAAAGUCGUCCGGUGAAAACGGUUGUAACAGAAGGUUCCGCUAGUCAAAGUCGAUGGAAAAAAAAUCAGUAAGUUAACCUUAUCAUUGAUUAUAACACGUGUACAAAAUAAUAUAUAAUACAAAAUAUAAUUUUGUAUUUAAUUUAAAUACAAAAGUAUAACAGCAAGAAGACAAUUGAAUGAAAAGGUUUGUCCACACUUUUGACUGGUACUGUAUAUGCAUCACCUAACUGUAUUAAUUAUUUUUAGCUUUAAAUUACUUGUGACCAUCUCAAGACCCUUUUUUAAAUUAGGAAGUCAAUGUAAUCUGUCAUCUCAUCUUGUUUGCUGUGACAAUGAUAGAUGCUUGCUGGGACAGUCAUGCAUGGGCUGGGCAGCUUUCUUACUUUCCUGCUAAAUAUCUGGGAAGGAUUGAAUAUAUAAGGACCCCACACACGGCACCUCUGUACCAUUUGACUGUAAGUGACUCAGUCCCUGCAGAGGAACCACCAACAUGAGCUCCAGUUCAGAGAGGAGGUCUUCCUACCGCCGUCAUUUUGACAGCACCUUAACCGACAGCAAAGUCGACAGGGUGUGCAGCGUGUCUCCCACUCGUCAUCGAUCAGUGAGCCUCACCCGUAGGGGAAGAACCAUGGAGCACAGGGUCAGCUCUGAGAAGUCUCGCCUAACCAGUGCAAGUGUGUGCUAUGGUAUGUCCAUGGGACUCGGACCAAAGCUGGACUUGGAUGCGGCUGCAGCAGAGAACCAGGCUUUCAUGGCCACCCGAGCCGGCGAGAAGCAGGAGAUGGUGGCUCUGAAUGAUCGUCUGGCGGCCUACAUUGAAAAGGUUCGUACGCUGGAGUCCAAAAACAAAAUGCUAGAGGCUGAGAUUGAGGCCCUGAAGAGCUGCCAUGUCCAACCAUCUGGUCUCAGGCAGCUGUAUGAAUCCCAGUUAAAGGAUCUCAACCGGGUCACCGACCAAACACGAGUCCAGAGGGACUUCUCUGUGGCUGCAAAGGAAGCCAUGUUGGGCCAGCUCAACUUGCUGAAGAGCAAGUUUGAGUCUGCUGUGGAAGCGCAGAAGAAGACUGAGAGUGAGAUAAACACCCUUCGGCCGGAUGUGGACAAAGCCACUUCAGCACGCAUCACGUUGGAGAAACAGCUUGAGAACCUCGAGAUGGAGAUGGAUUUUCUGCAGAGGGUCCAAAAAGAGGAAAUUGAAGAGCUGAUGCAGAAGAUCUCCUCAGUCACCUCUAAAAUUGACCUGACCUUUGGUGUUCCGGAUCUGGCCUCCGCACUAAAGCAGAUCCAGUCUCAGUACGACUGCAUGGCCGCUAAAAACCUCCAGGACAUGGACGCUUGGUACAAGGCAAAGUUUCAGGAUCUGAGCGACGUCUCCAGCAAGCACGUCCAAAGUUUUCGCCGUCUGAGGGAGGAGAUGGGCUGUCACAAGAAGGAUAUUCUCAUCAAAGAGCGAGAGCUGGAUGCACUAAAGACAAGGAACGCAUACUUGGAGGCUCUGAUUCGUGACUCUUUGGGCAAAUACAAGGAGAAAGAGCAAGAACUGCAGGAGCGCAUCGAAGCACUUAAUCUGGAGCUGAAGGUGACCAAGGAGAAGAUUGCUAUGCUUCUGCGAGAACAUCAGGAUUUACUGAAUGUAAAGAUGGCUCUGGAGAUUGAGAUUACAACCUACAGGAAACUGAUUGAGGGUGAAGACCACCGUCUGAGCACGAUGGUCUGCAGCCUGUCUCUGAGUCCAGCAUCCAAAACAAUAGUGGUCUCAGACAGCGACCCCUCCCCACCCUUGGCCGCCGACGCACCCAUGAUGGAGGCGGAGGGAGCUCUGAGUGCCAGUGAAGCUGGACCAGAGGGCGCCUCACCGCCACCUGAAAGAACCAAUGAGGACAAGGCAAAGGAAACAACUGAAAGAGUUAGGACAGACGAGGACACUAACGACAGUGACACACAUGAGGAUACCUUCAGCACUUCCGAAGCUGCUGCUGCUGCUGCUGACGCAAAGCAAGGAUAAAACUACCCAACUCGCAACCUGAUAUUCAACCUAACCUGCUUCACCCGUGUGUGUGUUUGGAUGACUUAUUUUACAAUACACAAUGCAAAGAAAAUAAACAAC